AGAGGGGUGUGAGCUGUGUAAUACAAGUACUGGGACCCACCACCCAUGUGCCUUCUUCCUAUCUCCACCUUCUCCUGUUUCCAACUCAAUCAUUACAUUACACUACGCACACUUCUCCUCCUUCUACCUUCUCCUCUCUCUUUCUCUUUUUCACUUCAUUUUUCCAAUUUCACCAAUUAAUCAAAACCCAAAACCCCUCAUUCCCAUUCUCCACUCUCAACUCUCCACAAUCCAAUUAAAAAAGAAUAAACUCUAACUAUUACAAACCCCAAUUUAUUUCAUGUCUAACUGCAAGGAAACAACUAACGCCGUAACCGUCACUAACGGCACAACAACAGACUCUCAAAAGACCAUCGCCGUUAAAAAACCGCCGUCAAAAGACCGUCACAGCAAAGUAGACGGACGUGGAAGAAGAAUACGUAUGCCAAUUAUUUGCGCCGCACGUGUUUUCCAGUUAACACGUGAGCUCGGUCACAAAUCCGACGGUCAAACCAUCGAAUGGCUUCUCCGACAGGCGGAACCCUCCAUCAUCGCUGCCACCGGCACCGGAACUACUCCCGCUUCAUUUUCAUCUCUCUCUGAACACAAACCUUUUCACCCUCCUUCUCCUUUCAUUCUCGGAAAACGGUUACGUUCUGAACAAGAUGACGCCGUUUCCGUUGCUGCACCUACCGCUCCACCGGCUCUUUGGGCGCUUCCGUCAAGGCCUGACUUCGCUCAACUUUGGAGCUUCGCCGCCGCCGCAGCACAACCUCCGUCGGAAGUUCUUUCCAUUUCUCCGCAACAGCAACAGCAUAAUUCGUUGUUUCAUCAUCAACAGCAGCAGCAACAACAACAUCAAGCUUCCAUGGGAGAAGCUUCGGCGGCGAGGUUAGGGAAUUACCUUCCUGGACAUCUUAAUUUGCUCGCUUCAUUGUCCGGUAACGGAAAUUCCGGUCGGGGAGACGACGAACAUCAUUGAUUGGAGCUUCAUUGAUUGGAACUUCAUUGUUGAAGCUCUUAGUAUAUAUUUAUAUAUAUUAUGAUGUGUGUGUUUUAAUUUUAUGGCUAUUGUUUUGUGAUUUUUGCUUGUUGUGUGUGGACAAUUAGAAGAUUCUUAGUCAAAUUUUAGGGUUAGGUUAUUGUUUAUUUUGGAAUUGAGAUGUCCUAGAAUUGAGGAACUCAAUUAGGGUUUUCCUAGGUGGGAAAACUGAUUAGGUUUUUAGAAGAGGAUGAUGAUGAAUUACUUUGUUUAGAUUAUUGAGUUCUUUGGUGGAGGAAAAUUGAAGCAUGGAAUGGAUUGGUGUGAUUAUGAUAUGAAUCAUGAAUAACACUAGUGAUUGAAGCUUGAUUGGUAUGCAAAAGCAAGUGUAAUGGAACAGAAUGAAAUGGAAUGUGAAGAGUGAGAGAGUGUUUCAAGUUGAAUGAAGAUGAGUUGCUGCUUCGGUUUCGUUUUCAUGAAUUUCAUGCUUUGUGGCUGCCGAUUGAGCAUUAUAAUUAUUGAGGUCAGUUUAAAGUGGCCAUGGUAAGCAUUUGGCAUAGCUGCUGGUGAGCUUUUCUUUUUUUUGUCCUUCAUUUUCACCUUUUUUGGUGUCCUUAGUUGUUUGAGAGAGGACUAGUAUCCGAAAGACGGACUACCAGUUCUACUCUGUAAGAUCUCUGUUUUGAGAUUUUUAUCUGCAAUUCUUAUCCAUUUGUUAGAUUGAUCAGUGUUAGUGACUGAGAAUAAUGUGUUUGUAACUUGAUUGUUGUGGGGUGCUACUGAAGUGAAUAAAAAACCCAUUUGUUUCUUUCUUUA